UCUCUCUCACAGUUUCUUUCCCUUUGCCGUCUCGCUCUUCUUCUUCUCCCAACUGCGACUUAUCAUCAGCGAUUAGGUUAGGUUUCUUCACAGAUUCAAAACCAGCGAUGAUGACAGUUGUGCCCACAUCGGAGGAUGACCCUGUUCUCACCGCCGUCCGAUUCACAUCGGAACUUUCCUGGUCCGACGCCGGUCCCGAGAUGGUUGAGUCGCAAGUGCAGAGGCUAUGUCUAGAGGCUCAAGAAUGCAUUGUGAUGGGUAGAUGGUUGGAUUUAGCUUCUCUCAUGCUUACUUCCGCCGACUUGAUAUUUUCCAAAGUUUCUGAUAAAGAUGUGGAAUGCAUUUACACUGUUAUUUGCUCUCUUGUCACGAAGCCUGAGAGCCCUGACGAGUCAUUGGAGAUGGCCAAACUUAUCGCCAAUAAAGUAACUCAACAAGCAAAUGACAAGCCAGCGUUGCGUUUGAAGAUAUUGUUCAAUUUGUACAAUUUGCUGGAGAACCCAUAUAGUCGGUUCUAUGUAUUCAUGAAGGCCCUUGAUCUGGCUAUCAAUGGGAAGACGACUGAACUCAUUAUUCCCACCUUUAAAAAGAUGGAUACCUUCUUGCGAGAGUGGAACAUUGGGCUGGAGGAUCAAAGGAAACUUUUUCUUACCAUUGCUAACAUUCUGAAAGAGAGCAAAAGUCGCAGCUCAGGAAAGGAUUCCUUCAAGUUCCUUACAAGGUAUCUUGCUACUCUUUCAAAUGAAGAUGCACAUGCUAUUAGUGAAGCCAAGGGGGAAGCUGUCAAUGCUGUGAUUGAAUUUGUUAAGGCACCUGACAUGUUCCAGUGUGAUCUGUUGGAUAUGCCUGCUGUUGCACAGUUGGAGAAAGAUGGAAACCUUGCUUUGGUAUAUGAGCUUUUGAAGAUAUUCCUUACUCAGAAGUUGGAUGCUUAUUUGGAAUUUCAUGCAGCAAAUUCAACUUUCUUGGAAGGCCAUGGUCUUGUACAUGAAGACUGUAUUACAAAGAUGAGGUUGAUAUCAUUGAUAGAUCUGGCCGCUGUCGAAUCUGGUCAAAUUCCCUUCACAUUAAUCAAGGACACACUCAAGAUAAAUGAAGACGAGGUGGAAAUGUGGGUUGUCAAGGCCAUCACAGCCAAGUUAAUUGACUGUAGAAUGGAUCAGAUGAAUCAGACUGUCAUUGUUAGCCGAUCUGUUGAGCGAAUGUUUGGACAGCAGCAAUGGCUAGCUCUUAGAACAAAGCUGGGAACAUGGAGGGGUAAUAUAGCUAAUGUCAUUAACACAAUUCAAGCGAACAAGGUCACUGAAGAAGGUAAUACACAAGCGAUGCAAGGAUUGGCGAUACGUUCAUGAGAGAUUGAGUCAAGUUGUUGGUACUGAUCAGAAUUUUUUUUAAAAAGAAAAGAUUUGAAUGGAAAGAGAGCUUAAACUGAUUUUUGUAGCUGCUGCAUUCUUCUUCUGUUUAAGUUGGACCAAUAAUCUUGGGAAAUUUUGUCCGAGGUUAACGUUAGAGCUGUUUUUAUUUAUUUCAAGAUUGGUGUUUUUGUUUGAUUGUUAUAUACUACUUGAACUCAAAUCUUUAUGGUCUAAACUUUUAUUUUCUUUAUUC